AGUUUCUUCUGACCUCACGAAGCUUUCACUUCAGAUUUGCUUGUCCAAAAUGGCGGAAGCUGCGAAAAAUCAAUUACCUUCAGGUUAUGACGAGGACUUUGUGAACGUUGUUGAGGAAGAUUUUCAGUGCUCAAUAUGUCAUUUGCCGCUUAAGGAACCUGUUCAAACGAGAUGUGGCCACAGAUUUUGUAAAGAAUGCCUCGAGGAACAUUUGAUAAGGCAGGGAGUUCAAGACCAACCAUUAACUUGUCCAGCAGACAGGGAGGGUCUGGACCGAGACCGGGAUGUCUUCCCUGAUAAAGCAACAGAAAGGAAGAUUCUUUCUUUCGCCAUCAAAUGUCCAAAUGAAGGUUGCGACUGGAAUGGUGAACUGAGGAACAAAAAGGAACACUUGGUAUCUUGUGUUUUCAAACUUGUCUUUUGUACCAACGAAAACUGUCACGUGAGGAUGCAAAGGAAGGAUCUGGAGGAACACGUUACUAUGAUAUGUCAGUGGAGAAUCCUUGAAUGUGAUCACUGCAAUGAGCCACACCCAGAGUAUAAGAUGCAGGAUCACAUUGUACAGUGCAGCAAGUUUCCAGUAGCUUGUCCCAACAUUUGUGGACGUUCAAUUCCCAGGGAAAUGAUUCCAAAUCACACCGAAAGCGAUUGUCCUCUGACGAUAAUCUCCUGUCCUUAUGUAAAGACUGGCUGCGAAAUAAAGCUUCAGCGGAAACAAGUGGAAUCUCAUCUUCAAUCCGCCACAAGCCUUCAUCUGGAAUUAGCGUGUGUAAAGUUCGAAAGCACAGAAGUUAGGUUAACUAGCACAGAAGCUAAGUUAUAUGAAACCCAAGUUAAGCUAUACAACACGGAAAAAACAACAAGGAAACUGUUAAAGAAACUGGAUAUACUCCAGAGACAAUUUGAAAACAAAUUAGGUGAGGGACAAUUGAAUGCAUCUGAAGAGAAAGUAGUUAUGGUAAAAACGGAAAGAGCUGAUUGCCCAUCAGAGUUUGUUUGGAAUAUUACCGAUUUUAGUGAAAUCUUAAGACAAGCGAAGGCCGAAGAAAAGGAAAUGAUAGAAAGUGUCCCAUUCUACACAGACCGCCAUUGCUACAAGUUACAAGUAAGGGUAUAUCCUAAUGGCAUUACGUUUGGCAAACAUACUCACCUGUCGGUGUACAUUAUUGUAAUGAAAGGUGAAUAUGAUGCUAUAUUACCGUGGCCUUUCAAAAAGAAAAUAAAAUUCACAAUAAUUGAUCAACAGGAAGAUCUAACCGAACGGCAAAAUGCCGUUAAGAGGUUAUUUCCAGGCAAUCACCCACGGUGCUUUGCAAGGCCUAUUAACGAAAAUAACAAAACUCGGGGUUUUGCCCAAUUUAUUUCUCACGAUAAACUUCAUUCAAGGCGUUAUCUGCUGGAUGACACUCUGUUUCUUCAGGUUAAAGUUGGACCUUAAUUAAUCCAGUUGACUUUUGGAGAUUUCGCCGAGUUAACAUAUAUUAAUUUUAUCAAAAGUUAGGUAUAAGGCUGUUAAAACUAUUUUUUACUCUAAUCACUCCGAUGAUGAUCUUAUUGAUCUUAUGGAAACGUUUUGAAAAAUUAUUUUCGAAAACGUUGUUUGCAAUCUGUUACAAUCAUUUAUCUGUUUCCUUUUUGUGAAUACCCGGUAUUCAUUGGGAUCUCCGGUGAGAAAAGUGGCCCGACUUCAAUGCCUUCCCCUAUACAUGUGACGUCAAGACAGUUUUUCCCACCUGCCGAGUGCUGAUUGGAUGGGUCAAAUUUCAGAGGCGCCUCUAAUAUGCGAGAGUAUUUCUGCUAGAACUGCAAACGCUAUAAAUUGAUUUCAGGUCAAUGUAAGAGCUUGUAUGUAAUUUUAAACUUUGUAACACUUACGAAGAAUAAAGACGACGAAAAGUUACUUUC